AUGGCAGCUCCCUCGGAUCUGAAGUUGAAUGGCUUCGAUAUCAUUCAAACCAAUUAUAAGCACGUUGGCGACCAUGGCAUUCGUGCAGAUAUCUUGAUCCCUCAAACUGAAUAUGCUGGCUCAAGGCCACUUAUUGUUCGUGUCCAUGGAGGUGGCCUCAUUAUGGGUGACUCUCUAUACAUGGACUGGUGGCCACAAUGGGUAUCCGACCUCGCUCUGCAGAAAAAUGCUAUUAUCAUCAGCCCCAAUUACCGCCUCCUGCCCGAGGCGACCAGCGCCGAUAUCUACGCCGACCUGGACGACUUCUGGACGUGGCUGCGCUCUCCAGCUCUCGACAGUCUCCUGGCCAACCACACAAAACCCACCAAGCUGGAUCUCGACCGUAUCUUUGUGACCGGUGAAUCUGCUGGUGGUCUGAUAAGCUUAUACUUGACUCUUGCGCACCCGGAGGAGAUCCGGGCUGCCUCGGCUGCAUACCCCGGCUUGGCUCUUGAUGCCGAUGCGUUCACCAAGGAGCGCGAAAGCCCUCCUUUUGGAGCUCACGUUCCGAUAUCUGUUGUUGAGGAAAACUUCAAGUCGGCGGUCCUGGGGACUUCCAAGUCAUCUAUCACUUCGCUCGAGAGUUUGACGUUCAUGCUUGGUGCUAUCCAGCAUGGAUAUCUCGCCAAGUUCUAUCAGCGUGAUGCCGAGGGAGUUGCACCAGAGGUCUUAUAUCCCAUGGCUCGAUUGGAGCAACCUGACUUUAAGAUUCCUCGAGGCGGUAUUGUGGUGCUUCAUGGGCGUCAAGAUAGUGUGGUGCCGCUGGGUGAUGUUGAGAAGUUUGUUGAGCGGGCGAAUGAGGUUCUCAAGGCUCGAUCUGGGGAGGAGGGAGGUGUUACUCUGACGGUGAGAGAAGGCGAGCAUGGCUUUGAUGGGCCAGCUCGGCUGGAGGAGGAGUGGCUUCAGGACGCUAUGGGCAAGGCGAUUAGUGUCUGGUUAGAAUAA